AUGGCCCGCGAAGAUGCUGUUUACCUGGCCAAGCUCGCCGAGCAGGCUGAGCGCUACGAAGAGAUGGUUGAGAACAUGAAGGAGGUUGCCUCCACCGAUGUAGAGCUCACCGUUGAGGAGCGCAAUCUUCUCUCCGUCGCUUACAAGAACGUCAUCGGCGCUCGUCGUGCCUCCUGGAGAAUCGUCACCUCUAUCGAGCAAAAAGAGGAGUCGAAGGGCAACGGUCCUCAGGUCACUCUCAUCAAGGAGUACCGCCAGAAGAUCGAGGCCGAGCUUGCCAAGAUUUGCGAUGACAUUCUCGAGGUUUUGGACAAGCAUCUGAUCCCCUCUGCCCAGAGCGGCGAGUCCAAGGUCUUCUACCACAAGAUGAAGGGCGACUACCACCGUUACCUUGCUGAGUUCGCUGUUGGCGACCGCCGCAAGGGCGCAGCCGAUGCCUCCCUCGAGGCCUACAAGAGCGCCACCGAGGUCGCUCAAACCGACUUGGCCCCUACUCACCCCAUCCGUCUCGGUCUCGCCCUGAACUUCUCCGUCUUCUACUACGAGAUCCUCAACUCCCCCGACCAGGCCUGCCACCUGGCCAAGCUUGCUUUCGACGAUGCUAUUGCCGAGCUUGACACUUUGAGCGAGGAGAGCUACAAGGACUCCACCCUGAUUAUGCAGCUUCUCAGAGACAACCUGACGCUCUGGACCUCGUCGGAGGCCGAGCCGGCUGCCGAGUCCAGCGCUCCUGCCGACAAGGAGGAAGCUGCUCCCGCUGAGGAGAAGCCCGCUGCCGAGUAA